AUGGAUCGUUUGCUCAAAUGUCAGGAGGAUCUUAAAUCCAGAAUAGUUAAAAACAAAACAAAUUUCGGCAAACAGUCAAAAGAUAGGAUAACAUUGUCAAAUGUCGAAACGCGUUUAGAUAAUUUGGAGGAAUGUUGGACAUCGUUUAAAGAGGGUCAUCAGAGGAUUAUUUUUGAAUCGGAAGGCACAGAGUUCGAAUCAUCUGAUUAUUAUAAAUCAGAUCGCUUCGAAGAAGUUGAGGAGAUUUACAUCGAAUUCAAAUCGAAAUUAAAAGGAGCUUUGGCAAAUUUGCGGGCGACUACGCUAACAACGCAAUCUUCGAAAAGCGAAGCCAAAGUCGCCUAUGUACGCCUACCGAAGAUCGACAUCCCAACUUUUUCGGGCAAAAGACAUCACACCCUUCUCCAUCCUAAAAGUAUCCCGAGAUCUGAUAAUAGUAGUCCAGGUCAGCCUAUUGGUAGCGAUGUUGUUGCAUCAGAAGCAGCGUCAUCUUCAGCGGGUGAGUCCACACGUGCUAUGACGUGUUUCGCCAAGGCAAACCAGGGGUCUCAGGCUUCGUUCAUUUCGGAGUCCGCGGUCCAGUUAUUGGGAUUAAAGAGACAUCCCAUCAAAACUGUUGUCUCAGGUCUAGGCGGUGACCCACAAGCAUCUUUGUCCUGUAGGUUCAUGGUCUCCAUGAAAAUUCAGUCCCGCCACGACCCCAGUUUUGUCAUAUCUAUCAAGGCGUAUGUUAUGAACAAGGUGACGUCUCUCUUGCCUGAUAGGAAGAUAGUCGUCCCGAUGUUGCCUUCACUAUCUUGUGAAGUUUUAGCUGACCCUUCGUUUGGCAUACCCAAUAAAAUAGAUGUUCUAUUAGGUGCCGAGGUUUACAGCCAAAUUCUGUUGCAAGGGUUGAUUAGGGGUCCACCGGGCUACCCUCUUGCUCAGAAUACUAAAUUUGGCUGGAUCCUUUCUGGUGAAGUUGAAGAAGCAGGCGCCCAGUUGGAAACGUGUCAUAACGUUGUUGUUAGUUUGCACUCAGCUCAUUCAGACGAGAGUGAGCUCUUACGGAAGUUCUGGGAGUUGGAGUCCGACCAAUACGAUAUUGAGAAAAAAUAUUUAACGGAAGAAGAGCAGUUGUGUGAAAAGUUGUUCGCGGAAACGACACGUAGAGACGAAUCUGGUCGUUACGUGGUUAGCUUGCCCUUUCGCACACCGGAUCCGAAAUGCAAAUAUGGUCACUCGAAACAAAUUGCCCAGAAAAGAUUUCUUAUUUUAGAAAAGCGGUUUUUACGAGACCCUGACAUGAAGAAAGAGUAUGUCAAGGUCAUCAAGGAAUACUUGGACCUCGGCCAUAUGGAGAAGGUCGAGGAUAAAGAAAAGACGGAUGCGGUGUAUUUACCACAUCACGCAGUAGUGCGAAAUGACAAGAUCACCACCAAAGUGAGAGUUGUUUUCGAUGCAUCGUGCACGGGAACCAAUGGUGCGUCGUUGAAUCAGGAUCUGUUGGUCGGUCCAACUCUUCAACUUGAGUUGCGUCACAUCCUGAUGAAUUGGCGCCAGUUUCCAAUAUGCCUCGUUGCAGACAUCAUUAAGAUGUACAGGCAAGUUAAGGUGUCUGAGACGGAUGUUGAUUUUCAACGAAUCCUAUGGCGUCAAAACCCAGAAGAUGAGUUGCAGCAUUUCCGUCUUCUCCGUGUAACCUUCGGCACAUCAUCGGCACCAUACUUGGCAGUGAAAUCCUUACAGCAGAUUGCACACGAUGAGGGAGCUGAUUUUCCUCUUGCGUCAAACCGUGUGUUGAAGGACUUCUACGUCGACGAUUUGAUGACAGGAUGCCAGAAUGUCGAAGAAGGUAUUAAGAUCUACCACGAAAUGAAGAACUUGCUUGGUCGUGGAGGAUUCGAGCUUCAGCGAUGGUCUACCAAUAAUUCCGAAUUAUUGGAUCAUAUACAGGAAGACCAUAGACAAGCAACCGGAGGACACCUGGAACUUAAAACAGACACGGUUAGUAAAAUUCUAGGACUUACCUGGAAUAGAAGCUCCGACGAAUUCGAGUACACCGUAAAUCUUCCUCCUUUGGAAACUCCUGUAACGAAGCGCAGAGUUAUUUCGGACAUCGCGAAAUUGUUUGACCCUCUCGGAUGGAUAGCUCCAGCCAUAAUAACAGCAAAGGUUUUCAUACAAAGAUUAUGGCUGUCGGGCAUCGAUUGGGAUCAGGAACUCCCUUCAUCACUGAUGAAGGAUUGGCUUAAGUAUAGAGAAGAGCUAAACCACCUUAUCCAGAUGUGGAAGCAAGGCCCGGAGUUCUUGAAACAGAAAAACAUUGAUUAUAAAAGAGAGAUUGCGGAUACUACAAUUGAAGAAAGAAAGUUAAAAUGUUACACCACUACAAGCACCACAGCAGAGAGUA